CGUGUCCGUCGUCCGUCGAAUUUUAAUGGCGGCCAACUCCGUAAACCCCGCUUACUAUUAUUGUCAAUUGACCAAUAAUCAAACUAACGUCCGCACACCCAAUCCUCAUCAGAGCAAAACAAAUGAUCAAACAAUCGAGUGAUUGAUCCAAUAAAGAGUGCACCGAGUGAAGUGAUAUAUUUAUUGAUAAGGUGAAGAAAAAAAAAGGAGGAAAGGCAAAAAAAACCUAGUGGUGAAAAUAAUAAAGAGUGCUCCCCAGGACGAAAUAGUCCCUAAAGGUAUAAUAUCCCAGCCAACGCUUGAAAACCACAGGAUUAACCCGUCAGUGUAACAUCACUACAGGAUAUCUCCGUAGUGCGUGUGCAACCAUGAUGAAUCAAGAUGUACCGUGAUACUAUUCUCAUCGUCAUUUUACCCACAAUUUCCAAACCGAAGAGGGGCUGGAAAUAGUGAGGCAUCAUGCUGUUGUACGAAUGGGCGCAUCGCUGUUAGCGCCAUUCGGACAAAGCCCUCUCCCAAAUCCUCUUUUCUCAAAAAAAAAAAGAAAAAAAAAGAAGAACCGAAACGAAAAAAUAUAACUCCAUUUCCCCCCUUUUAACGAGCCAAACAAACAAUCGCUGGAGCACAUAAAAAGUGUAACCCCUCUAUCCCCUGCAUGUUUCAUCACAAUUCACUGAUACGAGAUGAUAUACUCCGUACUGAGACCCUUUCCCAUACUGCUGGCAGUGCCACCUCCACCACGGUUGCAAAUGUCUCUGAUAAAAGAACAAACAAACAAUGCAAUAUCAUCGUUAGUUUGGCCAACAAUAUUCAUUGCAAUGGUAUUAACAACGAGUGCAAACGCAACGACAAUUCCCUCACCAGCCUCUUCCUCAUCAUACCUCUACUCAUCACCAGUACCAUCUGUACCAGGACCCCUUCCAUCCUCAUCAUCAUCAUCAUCCUCUUCGUCGUCCUCAUCCUCCUCACCAAUCCCCCAUCAAUCACAACAAUUCCCCCAAGAUGAAAAUCCCCACGUCGUUGCACGUUUUCCAUCAGUCCACCAUCGUCUAGAGUUGAGUCGUCUAGAUCCAAACCUGACACGCGAGGGUCCACUGCGCUUCAAUCAUCUCACCAUUGAUCCAACAACUGGUCGCCUCUAUGCUGGUGCCAUCAAUCGACUGUUACAAUUGGAUAAAAAUCUUCAAUUGGAGGAGAUCGUGUCAACCGGUCCCAAACUGGACAGUCCCCAGUGUCACGCUACCGGAUGCAUGUCGAGAGAGAUGACCACUUCAUUAAUGGACAACGUGAAUAAACUCCUAAUACCUGACCUUGAGUCGGAUACACUUAUCGCAUGUGGCUCACUGCUUCAGGGAGCAUGUGAAAAGUACAACAUGUCGGAUAUAUCGAUAAAACCCGAAUUUUUACCGCACAGUGUUGCUGCUAAUGAUGAUAAUUCAUCGACAUUUGCCUUCAUUGGUCCAGAGCGUUACAAUCCCUGGGGUAGAUCGAAUGUCCUCUACGUUGGAACAACAUUCACUAAUAAUGGUGAAUAUCGUCAUGAUGUACCAGCAAUAUCGAGCCGAGAUCUUUAUACCCUGGAAUUUGCUGAAUACGACUUUGACAAGCAAUCGAUACUCCAUAUUGACGUUAAAUACAGAGAUCACUUUCUGGUUAAAUACGUUUACGGUUUCAAUGCGAGUGAUUAUGCAUAUUUCGUUCUGGUACAAAAACAGUCGUAUUUACCUGAACAGGAGGAGCUCGGUUAUAUAUCAAGAUUAGCUCGUAGUUGUAUAAGUGAUGCAAAUUACGACAGUUAUACCGAAGUUACGUUGCAGUGUUCCGUUGAUGUUGGUAAUGGUACACAACAGAUAUACAAUCUUGUUCAGGAUGCUAAAGUUGCUGCUGCUGGUAGUGAUUUAGCAAUGCAACUUGGUAUACCGAUUGGUGAUCCUAUAUUUGUAUCUGUUUUUUCACCUAGCAAGGGAAUAACCAAUGAGGCAUUACCAAAAUCAGCAGUUUGUGUUUACUCACUGCAGGAGAUUGAAACAAAAUUCAAUGAGAAUAUACACAUGUGUUUCAAUGGGAGUAUAAAGUAUCGUAAUAUGGGAUACAUAAGUGGACCUAUACAGAACGGUGAAUGCCCAGUGGCUGGUACUACGGGUAAUAUAUUGAACUUCUGCGAAGUUGGAUUAAAAAUAUCUGGUGUCUCACCUAUUGUUGGACAAGCUGUGAUCGAUUUUCAAGACACAUUUGUGACAUCGAUAAACGUUGCCAAUACUGAGAGCCACACUGUUGCAUUUCUCGGUACAAGCAAUGGUGUUCUCAAGAAAAUUUUACUAUCAAGCUCCGAGUCAUCGGUUUACGAGAGCAUUCUCAUUGACAAUCAUCAAAAAAUUCUUCCCGAUAUGGUGUUGUCGCCUGAUGGUGAAUACAUCCAUGUACUGUCAACAACGAGAAUAACAAAAGUGAGAGUUGAGCAUUGCAGUGGUUACACCAGUUGCUCGAGCUGUUUGGAUGCUAAAGAUCCGUACUGUGGAUGGUGCUCACUCGAGAAAAGAUGUACAAUAAAGGGUGCAUGUCAGAAAGCAAGCAGAAGUAGUCCAAGAUGGCUGUCACUGAGUACUGGUCAGCAGUGUAUCGAUUUUGAGCAAGUUUUGCCUGACCGUUUGCCCAUAAAGCAAAUGACAUCGGUUCAAUUAACAAUUAGAACACUACCGGAAUUGCCCUCGGGAACUAAUUACAAAUGUGUCUUUGGCAAUGCUGAGCCCAUCAAUGCAGCUAUGACGGCGUUUGGCUUAUCGUGUCCAGCACCACCGGUCCCUCAACGACCAAAUAUACCCGAUGGCACUGAUCACGUACUGGUUCCCCUAUCAGUACGCUCCAGCGAGACAAAUAAAGACUUUGUAUCGCGCAAUUUUGCUUAUUUCGAUUGCUCGAGACACACUGUAUGCUCGGAGUGCGUUAAAGCCCAGUGGGCAUGCAGCUGGUGUGUCUAUGAUAAUAAAUGCACCCACAACACCAGUGGCUGUCAGGGAAAUAUUAUCUCUGGGGAUAAUCAUAGCCAGGCAACACUAGCUGCUCAUGGUGUUGAGUACUGUCCGCGUUUCUCUCGUCGUGAUGAGCCACUUAUGCUACCCAAUAAUGUACCCAAAGAGAUUAUUCUCGAAGUUGAAAAUCUACCCCAUCCACAAAUUGGCCACACUGGAUUUCAGUGUAUCGUUACAAUCGAGGGGGCCAACUUGCGAGUACAAGCGCGUGUUGAUAGCAGUCGUUUCAUUGUUUGUGACAAAACUAUAUACUCUUACGAAGCACUCACUGGUGAAUAUGAAGCGACCGUGACUGUCGUAUGGAAUACAAAUCAUCAUGUUGACCGGACGAAAAUUAUUCUGUAUAAAUGUGAAGUGCUGGGAUCACAUCGUGAACACGCUGACUGUUCUUUAUGUAUGACGAGGGAUCAGAGAUUCGAGUGCUCUUGGUGUGGUAAUAGUUGCACGUACAAACACUCGUGUCUAUAUUCACCAUUUGCUGAAUGUCCAAAGCCGAGGAUCGACAUGAUAAGACCGUUGAGUGGUCCCAUUGAGGGUGGUACACUCGUUACUAUCGAGGGAAGUAAUCUUGGGCUUAAAGAAACUGACGUCUCUGAUAAAAUUCACAUUGGUAAAACACCGUGUACAUUAGUUGAUUAUGAAGUAUCCGUUAGAAUAGUGUGUCGUACUGGAAAGAGAACAAAUACCGAGACUGUCACUGUUGUUGUUGGUAAUGAUGCUGGUUACACUGAGAGUGCUGUUUUAUUUCACUACAAGGACAUCAAAUUAUCCGGUAUAUAUCCGUCCGUUGGCCCACAGAGUGGUGGUACACAAAUUGCUAUAACUGGUAAAUUCUUGAAUAUUGGCAGUACCAUAUCAGCUUAUCUCGAUGAAUUGCCCUGUCACGUUAAUGCUACGCAAGCCAGUAGCACCAGACUAACUUGUGUUACCAGUAAAUCAGGGAGAGUGAGGAGAGUACAAAAAUUAACACUCAGCAUUGACGGCGCUAAUCGUACAUUGAACACCAAUCCAUUCAAUUACACCCAGGAUCCAACCAUCAUGGAAAUCAAACCAUUACGCAGCUUUGCCUCCGGUGGUAGAAUGAUAACUGUGCACGGUACAAAUUUGGAUACCAUUCAGAAACCCGAGAUGGAGGUUUAUUUUGAUAAUGAGAUUAAGCCGGUGAAUAGAACGGUUUGUACUGUGCUGAAUCCAACUCAGAUGGAGUGCCCCAGUCCAAGUAUAGCUGAGAAAUUUGCAAAUAGGCACAGGAGAGUCAGAGCUUUGAGAUCACUUCACAAGCAUGGCACAACAUUUUCAUCAUUACGAGCUGGAAAUAGUGAGAACGAGGUAGCACUGAGGAUAGCAUUUGUUAUGGAUAAUGUUGAGAGUGUGAGAGAUCUUGAGAAGCAUUUUCAAAAUUUGAGAAAUCGUUUGUCAUACGUUGAGGAUCCAAAGUUCUUUGCAUUUCCACAGAUGAUAAAAAAUUACAAGGGCGAUACACUGGUGAUCGAGGGUGAGAAUUUGAAUUAUGCUAGUGAUGAGACUGAUGUUAACGUGACUGUUGGUACAGCAUUGUGCAAUGUCACAUCACUGGCGCAUGCACAACUUGUUUGUACACCACCGGAUCAACAGCCAGCUGCAACAGAUGAGAUGGGAAUUAAAACUGAACGUGGAUUGCCUCUUGUUGUUGUACGUGUUGGACGUACUUUACGCUUUUCCAUCGGUUAUCUUCACUACGAAGUGAUAAAGACCUAUCCAAUACCACCUGAAGCAAUAGCUGGUAUUGCAGCUGGCACAUUUGGCCUUGUAUUUCUCUUUGUUCUUGUACUUGUUAUUUAUAGGAGAAAGAGCACACAGGCUGAGAGAGAGUACAAGAGGAUACAAAUACAGAUGGAUACGCUGGAGAGUAAUGUCAGGAUGGAGUGUAAACAGGCGUUUGCUGAAUUACAAACGGAUAUGACUGAUCUCACUGCCGAUUUAGAAUCAUCUGGUAUACCAACAUUGGAUCACAAGAAUUACAUUAUGAAGGUGUUCUUUCCAGGUGUUAUUGAUCAUCCCAUUCUCAAUGAUCCGAGAUCUCGAAAUAAUGCAAGAACUAAUUACGACGCUGCUAUGAUACAAUUUGAAAUUCUCGUUAACAACAAGUGUUUUCUCUUGACUUUUAUCGAUACCCUUGAGACACAGAAAGACUUUAAUAUAAGGGACAAAGUGAAUGUUGCUUCACUGCUUAUGAUAGUACUCAUGAAUAAGAUGGAAUAUGCAACGGAUAUACUGAUGAAUCUAUUAAUUAGACUUAUUGAGAAAUCGGUAGAUACUAAAUAUCCUCAACUGAUGUUAAGACGCACUGAAUCGGUUGUUGAGAAGAUGCUUACAAAUUGGAUGGCACUGUGUAUGUACAAUUAUCUUAAGGAUUACGCUGGUUCGUCAUUAUUUUUACUCUUUAAGGCUAUUAAGCAUCAGAUUGAGAAAGGGCCGGUUGAUGUUGUGACACAUGAUGCUAGAUACUCGCUGUCCGAGGAGAGGCUACUACGUGAACAGAUUGAUCACAGUGUUGUGACAUUGCACGUUAUGCAGGAUGAUUUGGAUGAGAAGAUUCAGUGUAAAGUGCUGGAUUGUGACACGAUAAGUCAAGUUAAAUCUAAGAUACUCGAUGCACUCUAUAAGAAUACACCGUUCUCAUUGAGGCCAUCGAUACACGAGGUGGAUCUCGAGUGGAGGCAUGGUAGAGGGGGACAUUUGACACUCCAGGAUGAGGAUCUCACGACAAAGUGUGCUGGUGAUUGGAAGAAAAUCAAUACACUGGCGCAUUAUGGAGUCAAGGAGUCAGCUGUUAUGUCACUCAUACCCCGACAAAAUGAUGCAUUCUCCGUUGGAUGUAAAACUUAUCACAAGGGAUCUCUGAGGAAUCAUCAUCAUUAUCAUCGUCAAUCAAUGAAUCGUAUCAAUCACUGUUCAACGGGUCAUUUACCAUCGACACCCAGUCACGGAUUAAUAAGUCCCAUUAUGUAUCCACAUCCACCUGGCAUUUAUUUCGAUGCACAACACACUCCAUCGCUAAUAACAUCUAAUGGGGACAUCGAGAGUGGAGUUAAUCAAAGGCUCUGGCACUUAGUCAGACCGAUCGAGGAUAACGUUUGUCCACAAACUAUUGGAUUUACUAAUAGCAAGCAUAAUCAUCAUCAUCAUCAUCCGGAGAGAACGCACAAAGCCAUACCGGAGAUAUUUCUCACGAGAUUAUUGUCGACUAAGGGAACUGUACAGAAAUUUGUCGAUGAUUUUUUCAAUACCGUUCUCACUGCCAAUGAUGCAUUGCCAUGCGCUGUCAAGUGGCUCUUUGAUCUUCUCGAUGAUGCCGCUAAACAGCACUCCAUAUCCGAUCCUGAGGUUGCACACGCCUGGAAAUCAAAUAGUCUACCACUCAGAUUUUGGGUUAAUUUUAUUAAAAAUCCCGAUUUUAUGUUUGAUAUUAAUAAAUCAACGACUGUUGAUUCGAGUCUAUCUGUCAUUGCCCAAACAUUCAUGGACGCUUGUUCGACAACUGAGCACAGGCUUGGCAAGGAUUCACCCUCUAAUAAAUUGUUAUUCGCCAAGGAUAUACCCCAUUAUCGGGAAAAAGUUGGACGUUUUUAUCAGGACGUACAGAGAUUACCAACCAUAACCGAUCAGGAUAUUUCCAGUGCCAUGCAGCAGUUGAGCGAUUCUCAUGCCAAUGAAUUUGACGUUAUUGCUGCGCUCAAGGAGCUCUACAUUUACGUCAGCAAAUACUACGAACAAAUUUUAGAGGCCUUGGAAUCGGAUGCAGGCUGUCGUCAGUUACAUCUAGCUCAUCAACUGGAAAAUGUAGCGUGUACGAUCGAGGGAGAAGAGACGAGCGCCUGCUGACACACUACCCCCAAUUACAUUGGGUGAACCCUCGAAAUUUUCAGAUGAUAAAACAAAUGAAAAAUUAACUAAUAAAGGAAAGGGAAGAGUGAAUAAAUAAGAUAAACACUGAUCAGUGCCUCGAUUUUGCGCAUCAGAUACACCUCGUUCAUAUGUACAAAAAGAAAGAUGAAAUGAAAAGUAUGACAAAUAUGAAACUUAUACCGCCAUAUAAAUGAUUUAAAAAAAGAAAAAAAACUGAAAAAGAGAUGAGAAAACGAAGAGAUAAAUUAAAGUAGUCUCUGCACCUUCGGUACAAUUCGAAGAAGAGGAUAAAGAAAAGAACAUUCACUCAAUUCAAUACAAAAGUAAAAUGGUCUUCUUUUAAUUCAAUUUUUUUCACUGCCAGUAAAUACAGUAGAGUAACAGAGAAAUAAAAAAUAAAAAUGAAAAAAAAAACAAAACAAAAAUGCAAAGCACGGAAAUAGAGUCACCGCACAAAAGGGAAAAAGGGAAAUAGACGAAAAAUAGCAGAAUGCAUUUAAAAGGGAUUGAGAACAAUGAGUAAGCGAUGACAUAAACAAAAAAAAAACCUGCAUUUUGAAGAACUAAUUAAUAAAAUAAAAAAGAAGCCAUAGUGCGCACCAGACUGUUUGUACUAGUGAAAAGGAGAAAACAAAAAUGGAAAAAAAAUGAGGUGUACAGCAGAGCGAGUAGUCUGUGAUUGGAGCAUGCGUGGCUAUGCCUAUUAUCUUCAUUACGAUAUAUGAAUUAUUAUUAAUUAUUAACAUGUUAUAUAGGGGAUUGAGAUGUAAACAAAGAGCAACUGUCUGAGGCUCAUGUUCUGUACAAGAUAAUUAAUUAGCUACUGUGAUCCAACUGAUAAUGACCACUCGAAAAAAAAAAAACGAGUAACGAAACAAUAUUCUACAUGUUGCUGUUUGUUUCCAUUGAAUUCUGUAUGUAUGAUAUACAUAAAAUAUAUAUAUAUGAGUGAUGGGAAGUGAUGUGAAAUGACCUCCGGUACGUAGUGAGCUAGAUUGGGGGGAUAAUGUAUUAUGUAUAAAUAAAUAUGAUCGUAAGGCUGAAUGGGGAUCGAGUGAUUGAGUGGAUAGAUGGGCAAAGUAACGAUAUUACUUUAAGGAAAAAGAUAAUUAAUGAGAUAAUGGGAGGGUCAUUUUGCAGAGUGUAUGGGGCAACUUUUUUUAAAACUUUUUUCUUCGUUGGAUGAAUGAGGCUCAGUCUGUUCUAGGCCUAGAUAGCAAUGUACGUAUGUUCUUGUACGUAAUUCAGUUAUUAUUUUCUUUUUAAUCUAAUUUUUUUUUUAAUUCAGUGGCCAAGUGGAAGACUCUUUGGGUAUUUGAAUAUUGAAUUUUUGUCGGUAUUUGGAUGUUUACGGGAAAAUGUUACGAUAUUUUCUCGUAGGGUCGAUUGUUUAAGAGAUUUAUUGAUAAUUUAGUGAUGGGACUGCUUGAGGUUCACCAUUUCGUCACUGAAUUCACUAUCAAUUCAAUACUGUAAUGAUCGCAAUGAAUUUCUCUGUUUAACGGUGACAGAGAUGUUUUGUAAAGCCAUACGAAUCUCGUGAGUAGGGUAUUGAUUAAUUAUUUUAUAAUAUUCAAUUGACGUCUGUUUUUUUAAAUAAUUUGUACAUUAUCUCAUUUUCACUUUGAUAUUGAAUCAUCAUCAUUCUUCAUCAACUAAUUACUAACUCAUUCCAUAAUUACUGCUAUUGUCCAAUUAAAUGAAACAAUUAUCAAUUGUACAAUUGUUCAUUAAGUAACAAGAGGAAAUUAACGAAAUAUUUAGGGUAUAAAAGAGCGGCAUUUUUGUACCAGAUUCCCAGGAAGCAUGAUGAUGUGCCUCGAGGUCUUGUUAUUUGUCGAAUUUUUUCGUUCAACAUUCGUAGAGAAAAUAUUGCGGAAAAAUUCUGGAGUUUCUAUGUUCUCAUUUUUUUAUUCAACAAAUUAUUGGACUCGCAGACGACGCUAAUGAGGUCUCAAAAAAAUGUAGCAACAGCAAAAUGUGAUGACGUAUCCAAUUAUGCAAUACCGUUUUUUUUUUUCAAUGGUAAAUUAACGCUCUCGUGGACUGAAAUAAACUACUCAAAUAUGCGUUCCACGGAUAACUACUCAAUUGACUGAUUAAGAAUUUUUUAAUACUCUUAUUUUCCAUUACUGUAACUUUUUUUAAUAUAAUUUAUGCCAUGCAAUUUUUUUUGAUGACGAAAAUAUUGACGUACGAGGGCAAUUGAUCGACUCAUUGAAAUCCCCCCACGUCAAUGGCUAAAUGUGAAUAGAAUUAAAUUUUAGUCAUCAAACAGCGAGAAGAAACUGAAAAAAAAAAGAUUUAUCGUCCGAUCGAUAUAAACAUUCAAUUUACGGUGAAAAUAAUUAAAUUGUGAAUGGUGGGACAAAGAGUGGAGAAUCGUGCUCUCUACAGUUGCCAAUAAUUUGUACUUAAAUCCAUGUGUCCACUCUCUGCCCCACCAUCAACGUCAAAAAACACUCUUUAUAUAUAUACAUAUUAUACAUAUAUACAUAUUGUAUUUAUUUAUAUUAUCAAUUGACGAGAGUACGUCAAUCUGUGCAGUGUAAUCUACUUAGCAACGACGGAAUUCCGUCCUGGCGCUUCAUAAAUUUUGUAGAUAUAGUUGAAGAGCUAAAAAAAUCUAUUUCAUAAUUUUUUAUUUUAUGGGUAAAAAUACGGACGUAUAAAUUUUUCUCAUUAAUCACUCGUAGAAGCGUGUGUAUGAUAAGAGUACCUCAUUUACGUAGAAGGUCUUCCUUUGUGAGAAACAACUAAAUGCGCCUUGUCCUGAAGCAAUUAAAUUAGUGAUAAUUAUA